CUAGGUCCCAAGCUUGGAGGUGUUGGAUCGUGUUUGAGUUCUUCUCUUCGAAGUGAAGCCUGAGAUGUCUUACAACAACGUAGACGUACCGUAUGCUGAAACCACAUAUGAUAAGAACUACACGCUACCGCCUAUCACGAACCAAUGUAACGGCUACUAUCCCUAUUUAUAUGAUGAGAGAUUUUCUUAUAUGAAAGUGGGAGCAGAGGAUCCAUCUAUGGCAACCGCUGAGGUUUCCAGUUCCUCAGAUGUCAAUAAUGACCAGACAGAGUACUCGCCGACCGAUGCGCUGGAGAUCAAGAAAUAUCUUCGUAGAAUACAAAAUCGGGAAGCAGCUUCCAGGUGUCGGCGCAAGAAGAUGGAGAGGAUCUCUCUACUUCGUCAGACAUUAAACGGAAUGUAUAACCGAUGUCAGGAACUGUGGCAAAAUAUCAAUGCCGUAGAAGCUGAAGUCAGGAAUCUUAAGGCCGCAGGCUAUGGUCAGCAUGUCGUAUUCGAACAAUAUCAGGCAAUGAAGAAUGGAGCUUUAGAAGAACCAUUGCCCAAUCUUUGCCCAUACGUUGCAGUCACUGACAUGGAUCAACCUUUAAUGGAGAAUCAGUUUGAGCUUAAUGCAGGGAGCGAUUACUAAAUUAUUAUUAAUAGAACUUAUUUUCAACUGUGUAGAUUUGACAAAAUAAGUCUCGAUCACAAUCUUUAUUAAUUGUUGUAUUGUAUAUGUAUUUACAUAACACCUCUGUAAAAAUAGAAACAUUUUAUAAACAUGUCUCUAAAUUAAAGUUUUCAUUUGUAAGAUAUUAAAUUAUUUAGAAUGUUGUCAUUUCAAUAUUAUGUGAAUUUUCCAAAUAAAAAAAUCAUUGUAUUUGCCCAUUUUAUAAGUUACUGAUAUCACACUAUCCUCAGUUAUGUCUGAAAAGAUAUCAAUACCAAC